AUGGGUAGCGGUGGGCAGGACAAGCCCAAUGCAAGAGCUACUCUCUCCGCCCUAAAGCAGCGCUUCGCGGUGGUGUUAUUUUGCCCAGGCAACCACGAGCUGUGGGUGACCGGGAAGCAACGACGGCCGGGGGAGUCAGCUGCGGUGGCGACGGCAGCGGCGGUCCCAUCACCGCCGCCGGCGUGCCAGCAGUUUCCACUCGACGCCUCUCCUUCCGUGGACGCGUGUGGAGACGAUGUGGCGACAGGGCCCAAGCCGAUGCUUCAGAGGCCCAUGUUCGAUCUUUCUCCACUGGCAGAACAUGGAACCGCCCUCCCGGGGGUCGGAGCCCAGUCGCAGGAUCUGAACACACACCGCCAGGAGCUUGCGCAGCCACCAGCAGCGAUCCACCAGCCAUUGACCCAACAACAGCAGCCGCAGCAGCAGCAGGAGCCGCAUCUGCCGGUGCACGACAGCCUGGAGAAACUGGCGGUGGUGAUGGAGGUGUGCGAGCAGCUGGGUGUGUGGGUAACUCCUGUCCGGCUGGGUCGGCUGGUGGUGCUGCCGCUGCUGGCCUGGCAUCAUAAGACUUUCGAUACGGAGCCGGACAUCCCAGGCAUACCCAGAGCGAGCGCGCUGACGAUCUCGGACUACGCCCGGAGCAUCUGGCCGGAACGUAUCCUGUUGGAGCUACAGGCGGUACGGCAACAACCAGAGGACCGCAUGGCGCAGCAACAGCAGCAGCAGCAGCAACAGGAGAAGAUGCCACCUGCCGCUGUCGCGGGUGCCGCUACUGCGCCUGCAUCCGGGCCUGGGGCUGCUACCAGGCUUGACGGCUCGGAUAGAAGCGGCGGCGCCGCCGCUCUGGCCGCGGACUGGCGCGACGGCGGGCACGGGAGUGACGCUGUUGCAGCCUGGAUUGACUUGCUGAACGAGGCACCUUACGGCCAUAGGCGUGGCUGCAGUCGGAGGAUUGCCAGUAAUGGCAGCAGCAGCACCGAUCGUGCAACCAGCGGUAGCCAGUACACGGAAAGUGGUGCCAGCGGGCAUGCCGCCGCCACUGAUGGCGGCGGAUUAUUAGACGGGACGGAGGGGGGCCGUACGGCAACACGAGAGACAAGCACAGAACGGAACUUGGUGGGCCGGCCCGGCGGGUUUUGCGGCACAGGGCCCAGCCAAGACGGCAGCGAUAUGCCGCAACAACGGACCUCAGAAGGUUGCGGGUUGCCCGUGCAACUUGAGCAUCAGCGGACUCAGCUUUCCCCAGAGCAGGCGGUGGAGGAGCAGAUACCCAGCGGGGGACCCGAGGUGCUGGCGGGGGCGGGGGGUAAGCAGGGCGGCGCGGGCGGAGACGACGUGAUCAGCUUCUCCCACUUCCUGCCGCUGCAGGAGCUGCUGCCGGAGAAGCGCUACCUGACGUUUCCGAACCUGGCCAAAGCAGUGGGGUCCCGCUUCCUAGCGGAGCGGGUGCGGCGGCUGCGGCCCCAUCUGCAUCUGUUUGGCCAUACCCACUUCGCCUGGGACGCUGUGCACGAUGGCAUCCGCUUCGUGCAAGCGCCGCUGGCAUAUCCCUCGGAACGCCGUUUCCGAUUGCGCUCCCUCGUCAUGGCGGCGGCCGCCGCAGCCGAGUCGCCAGCAGCAGGGGAAGACGGCGUACGGGAAGGCGGCGGCGGUGGUGAGGAAGCCUGCACGGGUUCCGCUGCGGCAGCUGCAACCGUCAACGUGAGUACGGCACGGGCGGAGAAUGCGGCAGUUACGCAAGGUGAGUUGUCCGCAGAAAGGGACGACAGGCUGAGGGACCUGCAAGGCCCGCCGCCAUCAGCAGCCGCCACCGCUGCCGCUGGCACCGUCAACCACCCUCCGCAUCCCCGGGACGAGCAGCUGCGGAUUCAGGCCGCGGUGAACCUCCGUCGGCCGCAGAAGCAAAACAUGGGCAUAGCGACGGAGGUUGACAGGGCGGAGGAUGGCGAGCAGCAUCCGGGGCAGGCCCAGGGGCAGGGGCAGGGGCAGCCGGGGGAGGCCCGUUCACCCCCCUGGCCGUCCUGUGUUUCGGAGGGGGGAGACGUCAGCUGGUUGCCCCUGUGCAUCUACCAAGCCGAGUACGUGGUACGACUGAGGAACCCGGAGAUGGACCUGCGGGGUGUGGAGGGCAGCGGCGGCGGCGGAGGGGGGUUCGCGGCAGCAGUGCUGAUGCUGCGGGACCUGCGAGGUGAGGAGGGCAACGGCGGCCGAAGUGCCGACGGCGAGUUUACAGCGUCUACGGCGGCGGUGUCGGGAUCGGCGGUAUCGGCAGCGCUGUUAGCGCUUGGCGGCGUCGAGGUACCCCCCGAGGUGGAGGUACUCGAGUGGCGCUCGCAGUGGUGUCCCGAGCAAGUGGCCAUGUGGUCAUCGUACUACAAACGCCAUCCUAGGAGACCGCAUGAGCUACAGCUGGCGCCUUGGGUAGCGGAGCGCUACAGCCGUCGCCUCCGCCGCAACAUCGCCAAGCAGGUGACGCUGGGCCACGCGGACACGGCCCCGGCGGCGCCGCCGCCGCAGCUGCCACCAUCACCGACGUUAGCACCCGCAACAGGAUCGGCGGCAGAGGGAGACACGGCGGCCAACGGCAACGUCGGGGCAUCGCCGGGUGCGAGUGACGGGGCUAGAGGAGGGACAUGGUUGGGGAAGCCGACGAGAAAGGCUGCGUGUAAAGAUGAUAACGACGACGACGACGACAGCUGUCAAGAUUGCGAAAGUGGCGGGCGGUGGGCAGGCUCAGAGGGUUGGGAUCGCGACCUGGAGGUGGUGGCGGCUGCGGUGGGCGGCGUCGUAUCCAACUCCCGCAGUAGCGCGACGGACGUAGAGGAGACGGAGCUCGAUCGCAAGAACCGCAUACCCGUGUUGGUUCCCCCUUCCCCCAUGUGCCCCGAACGGCGCCUCAACCCACUGCCAAUCGGCUUAGGCACAAACGGCGCCUCCUAAUUAGACACACGACACGAUGCUCAUCGCAACUCCACCAGUCACCUCUCGGCUUUGCAAGACGGACAGACAGACGAUCAAGCAAGAGCCAGCUCAUGGCGGUGGCUACACUGCUGCCGCCUCCAUCCCUGGACCCCGUGGAGC